AUGAAAUGUAAUUCAAGCUCCAAAAAUAUUCACGGGGAGAUUGCAAUAUGCUCAACUGCUUUGGUUAAAGGGGCUCAUCUUUUUCCACGGGCAAAGCGUGCUGCUUCCAUGAGCAUCACAUCAGUUCUUUCUCUUAAAGAUGAGGUUUCCAUUGCUACUGCUGGAGCUGUGGACAGGUAUAUACCGUACGGAACAGUGGCAGUAAAAUGCAUUGUCAAGUUUUGGAAUACUAGAACUCUGAAAAAUGUCGUGUCACACAGACAUCCCCUCACCUAG